AGUGGAAAGUGGAGAAUAUCCCAUUGGUCACCAGACUUCAGAGCUGCCGGGGCAGCAGUCUGUGCCUUUCCCCUCCAGCUGAGGAACAGGAGGGUGGGAUCCUCUCUGGGGCAUAUUUAUCCCCCCAAAAAUCAACUUUUUUCCUUCCCCGCCAAAUCACCUGCCACAACUCUGUGCUUUAGAAGAUGCUUCUCACUUUAAUCCUCCUGCAGGGUUUUUCCCACACCCUGGCUGCAAAUCAUGGUUCCCACUGGACAUAUAAAGGCCCCCACGGCCAGGUGCACUGGUCAGAUGACCACCUGGACUGCGGGGGGCAGGCGCAGUCCCCCAUUGAUAUCCAGACCAAGUCCGUGAGGCACAACCCAGCCCUGCCACCUAUUGAGCCCCAGGGAUACCGGAGCCCUGGGGACGGGGCCUUCACCCUCCUCAACAAUGGGCACACAGUGGAGGUGUCCCUGCCCCCGUCCAUGUUCCUCCGGGGGCUUCCGCAGACCUAUGUGGCCGUCCAGCUGCACUUCCACUGGGGCAGCCGGGGGCAGGCCGGCGGGUCGGAGCAUCAGGUGAAUGGGGAGACUUUCCCUGCCGAGCUACACAUUGUGCAUUACAACUCGGAGAGCUACGCCAACGUCAGCGAGGCCAAGCAGCGGGUGGAUGGCCUGGCCGUGCUGGGCAUCCUCAUCGAGGUCGGCAACGUGGCCAACCCUGCCUAUGACAACAUCCUCGAUCGGCUGAAGAACAUCCAGCAUGCAGGGCAGAAAAUCUCCAUCCCGCCCUUCGACAUUCAUGAGCUGCUUCCCGGGCAGCUGGGCCACUAUUUCCGCUAUAACGGCUCCUUGACCACGCCGCCCUGUUCCCAGAAUGUGCUCUGGACCGUCUUCCGCCAGCGGGCGCGGAUUUCUGCCUCCCAGCUGGAGAGGCUGCAGGGGGGGCUAUACUCCACCGAAGUUGCAAACUCUUUGCCUGUGCCUCUGGUGGACAAUUACCGAGCCCCUCAGCUGCUGAACCAGAGGGUGGUGUUCUCCUCCUUCCCCGUGGGUCCCUCAGCCUACUCUGCAGGUGAAAUCGUUGCCAUCGUCUUUGGGACCCUCUUCGGCUGCCUCAGCAUCUUUCUCACCAUCCACUUUGUGGUGAAGAGAAUACGAAUGAAGAGGAUCCGGGAGCAAAAGGACGUCGUGUUCAAAUCCUCUUCCAGACGUGCAGUGUCAGGCAACAGCCACCGCCCCUGAAUCCCGUGCCUUGCCCCUACUCCCCUGCCUCAGCCCCCGUGGGGCAGUGACUCGGACACCUCAGGGGCCGGCGAGCCUGGAGACGUGCCAGGCAGUCUAGCUGUAGGAGUAACGCCCAUGCAGCCCCAGUAGGUUCCCCUUAGGGGGUUACCUCCCCCUAGCCUGGGGAGGGCACACGGAGCCACCUCCCCCCAGGCCCUGGGGCCAAUCCCGCCUGAGGCUGGGAGUGACUCUCAGCUGUUCCCAUCGGCUAGCUGCUGGGUGGCAUCUGUGAGACAAGUCAGUGGGUCUCAGCCCAGUCCCCAGUCAAACACAUGCCCCUGUCACAGAAACCCACCAGCAGGGCCGGUACUAACCGGACCCCUUGCCAGUAGCCCAGGGGUCUUGCAUACUAACCCUCCCCUUAGUGUACCUCUGCGUCAAGGCCAAGGCCCAUGAGCAGGGCAGUGGGGGCCAGGGGAGGGGAAGUUUGCUGUGCUGCUUGCCUGGGCUGUUCCUGCUCUGAGGUUAAACUGGGUGUCAACUGUACACCUCUUGCCUGCAGUGAAACCCCCAGCGUAGUUUGGCAAAUCAGCAGAAGAGUGUGAGGACAUGGUGCAUGACACACUGCCACUCUCCCUGAGGCUGCCGUGUUGCCAUGCAGAGCGGGUGUGGUGCAUGGCACAAGGACACUGUCUUCCCUGACACUGCAGCUCACGGAUCUAAGCUCCCCAGGCCGAGGGGACCCUCCCCUCUGGUCGCUGUCUUCCACGAAGGCCUGGUUGCCUUUCCGCAGUGUUGAGGCAAGCUAGACAGCUCCACGCUGCAAGAGCGAAUCCAGCAGCCCUGGCCCUGAGCCACUCCCAUCCACGUCCCUGCCUUCGGGCUGUCAAUGCACAGGGGAGAGGUAGCAUCUCUGGGGCUUUGCAGGCUGCUAGGGAACGCAGCAGUUCGGGGAAGGCAGGGUUGUUCUCCAGAUGCUGGUCUGGACACAAUGGUUCUAACUGGAAAUAAAAUGCCUUCUCAGGCCUACCACUGAAGAGCCCCAAUUCGCUUUGCUCUGCUGGGAUUCAGAGCCAGCUCUUCAGUGAGACGAGCAUAGCUCCGCUGCGCCCAGUUCUCCACCGCUGCACACCGCAGUGUGAACUCAGGCCCCGAUCCUCAAAUUGAGGGUCCUAAAUUCUACUGAGUUCAAAGGCCGUUAGGAGCCUAACUCCCUUUAAGGACCUCGGCCAGGAAAACAAGGUCACACAGGGCCAGUGGGAGAACCAGGAAUUAAACCCAGGUCUCCUAGGCUAUCUCCCUAACCACUGGACCAUCCUUCCUGGAGGCAGCUGUCCCUAAACAGCCAUUUGGAAGGUGCCCGCAUUCCUAGGAGUUGGAUGCAAGCAUCUCUGAGCAUCAGGGCUUGUCUACCCAUGAAAGUUAAUCUGGAACGAGGGUGGGUGUGAAUUGAAAGCAGAUUAACUAUUCCCGGUUAACUCCGUGUGGGGAUGCCUUUAAACCAGAAUAAGAGUGCCUUAUUCUGAAUUGGCUUAAUCCAAAAUGGAUUCUGUUCUGGAAUUACUCCCCCCAUAGACAAGCCCUGGCAGAGACCUGAACUGGAAUAUUUUGCCAGAUUUUAUUUUAUCUUUUUACAAAGAAAUUUGGCAGCAAUGUUUGCAGCCCCUGUUGUUCUUCAUGCAGGCCCAGAAUUAACCUGUUUCCCCUCCGGCAGGGAAGAGAUUCAUCAAAGGCAAAUGGAUCCUGAACAAAAUGCUCCGGUAUGAAAACGCUUGUUAAAAAAUAAAAGCAAGUGACCGUG